UUCCUAAUUUCCCUUGCAAGCUGCAGCUUGAACUCUUGACUCUUUUUGUCACAUUAGCCGCCCAAAAGGGAAAAAGCCAAUUUCAUUGAAUAACACAGCAUCAUGGCUGUAAAGACGUGUUUAAUACUUCUCACAUUUUUACCCGUUGUCCUCCUUAAACCUGCAGAAAAUGUCUUUGUGACCCAUAGUGAAGCAAAUGGCAUUUUAAGUAGGUGGAAACGUGCAAAUAGCGGAUUUGAAGAAUUCAAAAAAGGAAACCUAGAAAGAGAGUGCUACGAGGAACGCUGCAGCCAUGAAGAAGCUCGCGAAGUGUUUGAGGAUGAAGAAAAAACUAGAGAAUUUUGGAGCAAGUAUGUUGAUGGUGACCAAUGUUCCUCUAAUCCUUGUCAGUAUGGUGGCUCAUGCAAAGAUGGAGUUAAUGAAUUCACAUGUCUCUGCAACUCCGGUUUUGAGGGCAAAACUUGUGAAAUAGUUAUACUAAAAAUGUGCAGUCUGAACAAUGGUGGCUGUGACCAGUACUGCAGGGUAGAAGACAGAGAUGUUGUUUGUUCUUGUACCACUGGAUAUAGGCUGGGAGAUGACGGGAAAUCAUGUGUGCCAACUGAACACUAUUCCUGUGGCAGAAGACCUGGCUAUAGAGUCAAGAGAUCAGCACCUGAGGAAGUGGAAACUCCUAAAAUAAACACAGAUGGUUCACAGAUAAGCAAUGUUACAGAAAACCAAGCUGGCUCCACAACACUUGGUGAGAACAUCAAGCCUGAAAAUGUCCUUCCUGAUGACCCUCCUUUAUAUGAUGACUAUGAGGAUAACCCAAAUGAGAGGAUUGUAGGUGGAAAAGACUGCAAAUUUGGAGAAUGCCCAUGGCAGGCUGUCUUACUAAGUGAAGAUGACGAACCCUUUUGUGGAGGAACAAUCCUGUCCAAGCAGUUCAUCCUCACAGCAGCCCACUGUAUGAAUCAGACAAAGUAUUUCAAGGUUGUUGUAGGAGAGAUGAAUACACUAAAGAAGGAAGGCACUGAAUCAAUACAUAAAGUGGAUAAGACAAUUAUUCAUCCUAAAUUUGUCAGGGCAACCUAUGACUUUGACAUAGCUGUGAUAAAACUGAAAGAAGCCAUUAACUUUACUGAUAACAUCAUUCCGGCAUGCAUCCCCGAUCCUGAUUUUGCUGACCAAGUCCUGAUGAAUGAGAGGCAGGCAAUGGUGAGCGGUUUUGGGCGUCUUCAUGAGCGGGGGGCUCAGUCCACAAAACUUCAGAUGCUUUAUGUACCCUAUGUCACUAGGCAAACUUGCAAAGAGUCCAGUAAAUUCACAAUCUCUGAAAACAUGUUUUGUGCAGGCUAUGACAAAGAGGUGAAAGAUGCUUGUCAGGGAGACAGCGGCGGUCCGCAUGUCACCCCAUACAGAGACACUUAUUUUGUAACUGGAAUUGUUAGCUGGGGAGAAGGUUGUGCACAACAAGGCAAAUAUGGGGUAUACACAAAAGUAUCCAAAUUACAUAAGUGGCUUAAAGGGGUAUUUAAAAGACACCAGUAAUUCCAGGAAAGACCCCAUCUACCCACUCGGCUUCACUGAAGCUUCACCAACUUACUACACCAAAUAACAUUUCAAGAUGUCACAGUUUCUCAAAAGGUAUUAUUAGUGGUUGACUCUUUGUAAAGUCUUGCAAAGAUUACACUAGGUUUGUAAUGAUCAUAGCAAAGUCACAUUUGAAGGCUUUACAUAUCUAAAAGGAGAGUGACAAUUAUACUCAUAGCUCAGAUGGUAAACUAUGAACUUACAGCCCUCAAACUCUUUACAGUGCAAUGCUUGCAUAUCUAAUACGAAUAAAGAGAUAUAAUCAAUCCUAGCCAUCCUGUGAAGACAGUUCUAAGAAGAUGGUUGUUUAUAAGUACUUGUUAGCUUGUAUCACUGUUAGCUUUUGCAUCAUCUUGGCUAUUCAGUAAUAUUAAUAUGUGUACGGCAUCAAUAAAGUUGACUUACUAAA